CGAUUAAAAUUUUAGUGUGUUCAUUAAACCCGAAAACGACGAAUCGAAGAACGUACUACGUGUUUAGUGUCAUUUAAUAUUUUUGGUAUUAAUAUAAUUAGUUCCUGAAAUAUAAUUCUCUUACUAUAAAAGUUAAGAAAGCAGAACAAUGGCUUCCGAUUUAAAACUCGGGAUGAAAUGUAUAAAAUACAUGCUGUUUGCUGUCAACCUGACUUUCGUCUUGACGUCGAUGCUUUUGAUUACGUCUGGUGGAACGAUUCAUGCAAUUUACAGUGAUUUUCGUCAUUUCUUGAGCGAGGCAUGGUUCUCCCCUGCUACCAUCAUGAUAGCCGUCGGAGUGCUCAUGUUCUUCAUUUCUGCUUUCGGCUGUUGGGGCGCCAUCAAGGAGAGCACAUGUAUGAUUAAUACGUUUGGAGCAAUGCUGGCAGCGAUAUUCAUUAUUGAGUUUGGAGGAGCGAUUGCUGCAUUCGCCUGCCAGUCGCAAAUCGCAGGCAUCAUCCGCAGUAAAAUGGAAUUUGCCGUCCAUAACUUUGACCAAGCGUCAACUGAACGACAGGAGGCGGUCAACUUUUUACAAGAUAGGCUUUUCUGCUGUGGAGUGGAUGGACCUAGUGACUGGUCUCAAUCAAACUUCACCAUACCUAAAUCCUGCUGCAAUCGACGUUACGAAUCUGCCAGAAUGUUUGACGGCGAUCAAAUGCGCUUAUCGAGCGCACUACAAUUCCAAGAUGGUGUCCCCGUUUACCCUUCAGAUGUGGAAGCUUUGAACUACAUCCAGUCUGAAGAAACUCGACAAAGAAGAGAAGCACCCCAAGAACAACAAACAACAGUUGGUCAAAGUACUGCCGAGGAUUCUGCUACUACUGCUGCUCCUGGUACGACCAGCGAGGCGACGGAAACAUGCGAGCCGCACGCUAGUGGCUGUUACAAAAAAUUAGCUUUCCUGAUCGGCUCGAGCGCGGCGAUUUUAGGCUCUGGUGCCGUUACUGUAGCCCUUAUGCAGUUACUGGGAAUGAUGUGCGCCUUCUCUCUUGCUCGAGCCAUCCGGAAAGCCAAGACGCAGCGUUUGAUGCGCCAAAAUUGGCAGCAGCGCAUGGGUCAAAUAAUUGGCAUGCAGGCGACACCCUACACACAAUUGCAGGAGAAACGCGGAGCAGAAGUAGCUCCAGUCACCUACGCACCCAGCGAUCCCAGCGUGCUUUGAAUAGACGGGACGGAGCAGAUACAAAUUGAUAAUAGAAAUAAGUCAAAAACUUCGUGGUAAAUGCACGUUUUAGGAUAAGUAUAGCAUGGUUAAUGAUAGGCAUGUGUAGUUAAGGUCAAAAUUUAAAUGUUAUAUAUACAUAUAUACAUAUAUAUAUUUAUAUAUAUAUAUAUAUAUAUAUAUAUAUAUUAG